UGUGGGUGGCACAGAUCGCAUUAAUAAAAAAAAAAAAAUAGUACAUGAAGUAUUUUUCACAUUCUGUAACACCAGUACGAUAAUUAGGGCAUUUUGGAAUUAAGGUAAGUUAAAAUAAUUAUGAAAUAAUGAGAAUCAUUAUAUAAAUAAUUCCUUGUGAUUAAUCAUGUUGGUUGCCAACUGAACAGAGGUGAAGAGCUCCAGCAGUCCAUCAGCACACCAGCCUUGCAGUAGUUUCUGAAGGACGUGAUUCAGGAGGUGCCUGAGGUGCCCCUGGUUGUGUCUGACAAGGUCCAGGAGCUCAGCAAGACCAAGGAGGCAGUGCUGAUGCUGAAGAAGCACCGUGCCUGGACUGAUGUGUUGAAGGUUUACAAGAGCAAGAGAUUCCGUCCUGGCAAAGGAAAGAUGCGUAACCGCCGCCGCAUCCAGCGCAGAGGACCCCUUAUCAUCUAUGACAAGGACCGGGGUCUCACUUGGGCCUUCCGCAACAUUCCUGGUGUGGAUACCAUCAGUGUGGAGAAGCUCAACGUGUUGAAACUGGCACCUGGUGGACAUGUUGGUCGGUUCUGCAUCUGGACAGAGUCUGACAUGGGAGGAAGUCAUCAUUGGAGUUGCCUACUUAAAAUUACUAGUCCAGCAACACUGUUCAUGUAUACCAAGGAGGCAGUGCUGAUGCUGAAGAAGCACCGUGCCUGGACUGAUGUGUUGAAGGUUUACAAGAGCAAGAGAUUCCGUCCUGGCAAAGGAAAGAUGCGUAACCGCCGCCGCAUCCAGCGCAGAGGACCCCUUAUCAUCUAUGACAAGGACCAGGGUCUCACUUGGGCCUUCUGCAACAUUCCUGGUGUGGAUACCAUCAGUGUGGAGAAGCUCAACGUGUUGAAACUGGCACCUGGUGGACAUGUUGGUCGGUUCUGCAUCUGGACAGAGUCUGACAUGGGAGGAAGUCAUCAUUGGAGUUGCCUACUUAAAAUUACUAGUCCAGCAACACUGUUCAUGUAUACCAAGGAGGCAGUGCUGAUGCUGAAGAAGCACCGUGCCUGGACUGAUGUGUUGAAGGUUUACAAGAGCAAGAGGUUCCGUCCUGGCAAAGGAAAGAUGCGUAACCGCCGCCGCAUCCAGCGCAGAGGACCCCUUAUCAUCUAUGACAAGGACCAGGGUCUCACUUGGGCCUUCCGCAACAUUCCUGGUGUGGAUACCAUCAGUGUGGAGAAGCUCAACGUGUUGAAACUGGCACCUGGUGGACAUGUUGGUCGGUUCUGCAUCUGGACAGAGUCUGACAUGGGAGGAAGUCAUCAUUGGAGUUGCCUACUUAAAAUUACUAGUCCAGCAACACUGUUCAUGUAUACCCUGUGAGGAUUCUCAAGGGUCUACAUAGGUUGCAGUCUAGCAUCAACUUAACUUGGGCCACUUGCAUGCUGAAGAGGAUUACCGCUGAAGGAUUUCUAAGAGAAUCCCUGAAGGAUUUACCCAUGUGUGGUUUGUGGGAAGGACAGUGUAACUACUUGCCCUCUUCAGGUUUUCAAGGUUCCGAUGCAAUUGCUGCUACCAUCCAUUUUCUGGAAGGUUCAGUGCCUUCCUGAUUUCAACAAUUGACCACAUGCCAAGCUGUACUGUUAGUGAAACAUGGGAGGAAGUCUUCAUUGGAGUUGCCUACUAGGAUUACUAGUCCAGCAGCACUGUUCAUGUAUACCCUGUGAGGAUUCUCAAGGGUGCCCAUAGGUUGCAGUCUAGCAUCAACAUUACUUGGACAUGGGAUGAAGUCUUCAUAGGAGUUGCCUACUUAAAAUUACUAGUCCAGCAACAUUGUUCAUGUAUACCCUGUGAGGAUUCUCAAGGGUGCCCAUAGGUUGCAGUCUAGCAUCAACAUUACUUGGACAUGGGAUGAAGUCUUCAUUGGAGUUGCCUACUUAAAAUUACUAGUCCAGCAACAUUGUUCAUGUAUACCCUGUGAGGAUUCUCAAGGGUGCCCAUAGGUUGCAGUCUAGCAUCAACAUUACUUGGACAUGGGAUGAAGUCUUCAUUGGAGUUGCCUACUUAAAAUUACUAGUCCAGCAACAUUGUUCAUGUAUACCCUGUGAGGAUUCUCAAGGGUGCCCAUAGGUUGCAGUCUAGCAUCAACAUUACUUGGACAUGGGAUGAAGUCUUCAUUGGAGUUGCCUACUUAAAAUUACUAGUCCAGCAACAUUGUUCAUGUAUACCCUGUGAGGAUUCUCAAGGGUGCCCAUAGGUUGCAGUCUAGCAUCAACAUUACUUGGACAUGGGAUGAAGUCUUCAUUGGAGUUGCCUACUUAAAAUUACUAGUCCAGCAACAUUGUUCAUGUAUACCCUGUGAGGAUUCUCAAGGGUGCCCAUAGGUUGCAAUCUAGCAUCAACAUUACUUGGACAUGGGAUGAAGUCUUCAUUGGAGUUGCCUACUUAAAAUUACUAGUCCAACACUUCAUGUAUUCCCUGUGAGGAUUCUCAAGGGUGCCUGUAGGUUGCAGUCUAGCAUCAACUUGACUUGGGCCACUUGCAUGCUAAAGAGGAUUACCGCUGAAGGAUUUACCCAUGUGUGGUUUGUGGGAAGGACAGUGUAACUACUUGCCCUCUUCAGGUUUUCAAGGUUCCGAUGCGAUUGCUGCUACCAUCCAUUUUCUGGAAGGUUCAGUGCCUUCCUGAUUUCAACAAUUGACCACAUGCCAAGCUGUACUGUUUAGUGAAGAGUCUCCAAGUAUUGAGGGCAUUGAAAGCUGUGGGUGUCUUCAUUUUAUCCAGGUAAGCAGAUCUUUUGUCCUUUGCCGUUACUGUAGGAUGGGCUGUAUGUGUGUAUAUGUAAAUACCACAAUUCAGCUAACAGACCAGAUUCAAAUUUGAAGCAUUUUAACCCUUACAUGGCUGCAAUUGCUUAUGUAAUCGAGCACAAUUCAGCUAACAGACCAGAUUCAAAUUUGAAGCAUUCUAAUGAAAUCUAGUAAUCUUUCCUGGUUUAGCUUUAGUAAAAUUAUGAAAUCUAUGUUCAGAGCAUUGGGGUAUGAACUUAAUUAUUCUUUUGACACCUGUUUAGUUUAUUGGUAGAUGAGAAGUAUUGAAUUACGUGUGGUCUUAACUAGCUUUUUUUUCUCUCUCUCUCUCUCUCUCUCUCUCUCUCUCUCUCUCUCUCUCCCUCCCUCCCUCCCUCCCUCCCUCCCUCCCUCCCUCCUUCGUUUUUAAUUUUUCUUUAGAACUGCCAAGUACUGUUACUUCAUUAGUCAAGGCCCAACAAGUGGUUUACCCUAACUGCAUCAUACCCAAACAACAGUAGUAGUUUACCCUUGCUGCAUCCUACCCAAACAACAACAGUAAUGGUUUAUCCUUGCUGCAUCAUACCCAUUCUUAACAAAGCUGACCUGGCUGGAUGCAGAUAAAUUCCCUCGAGGCUGUCAUUGUUCGAGUUCAGUUUCAUCCACAAAUCUCUUUUAUCACUUGCUGCUUUCCGCAAUUUAUUAUUCCUUAACCCUUUCCUUCCGGCGCUUAAAUUAUUUUCCCGUUUUUUAUGACGGCUAAAAAUGGUUAACCUAGAAAUUGUCAGAAAAUUGUUUGAAUACUAAUAAUUAUUUUCUCUUUGUCAUUCUGAAUACAAUGAUAUACUUUGUAGCUCGAUGUGACCUCUCAAAGUUGAGUUUAUGCCUUAUAAAGAAUUCCUCCUCCUCCCGCUGUGUGAUUCGUCAUCCAGAAACAGCCUGGAGAGCGAUGACGCCGCGUGCACACACACACACACUCUCUCUCUCUCUCUCUCUCUCUCUCUCUCUCUCUCUCUCUCUCUCUCUCUCUCUCUCUCUCUCUCUCUCUCUCUCUCUCUCUCUCUCUCUCUCUCUCUCUCUCUCUCUCUCUCUCUCUCUCUCAUCUUGGAGGGGAAAUUGUACACUUCCAAUGAGAGAGAGAGAGAGAGAUUUCAUCCCUUUUCACAUCAAGUUUCAGGCAAAUAACAUUUUCUCUCUUUCUCUCUCUCUCUCUCUGACAAGUUACCUUCUACAAUUUUAUUAUAAAAUCGAAGAUAAUGAAAAAAUUAACAUGAAAGAAUGAUAGGUAUCAUCUCUCUGUUCUUAUAAAACAGGUGGAUCCUGUAAAUCAUUUUCCGAGUCCUCACUAAUGUCUUCGCUUUCUUCAGCUUCUAAAUAUUCACUGUCACUGUCUUCAAACUCAGAAGCACUACAUAUGUUGUGUCCUGCUCCAUGGUGAGUUAUGAUCUGAGAUCCUUGGCUCUUAUCAGGAUGUCUCUUCACACUUAUCAUGGUGCUUUCCACCCGGCGGAUUGCUGGAGUUGCCAAGUGUCGCCCGGAGAAAGGGAAAAUAGCUUAGUUACCACUAAAUUUCCAGAGCUAGUGACAACACUACAUGUGGAAACAUGCCAGACACUUCCACUCACACCAUCUGACUCGAGAAACUGCGCUUGGACCUCAAAAUUGAGGCGCGAAAAUUCUUGUUUACCGGUAUGAUCGCCGUCGCUAUGGACGCAUUUUUGCAAUCAUAUAUAUACGAUUGCCGGAAGGAAAGGGUUAAAAUAAAUUCAUUUACUUCUUAAAAUAAUGUGCCUCACAAACCAGAUUUUGCCCUUUUUUCUUCUUCCCUUGCCACCAUUAUAUAUAUAAAGUUUGUGCACUCAUUUUAAAUUCUUUAUAAUUUCUUCUAUAUUACGCUAUUGUCACAGUAUUUUGAUAUAUAGUGGGCUUUGGUGUUACAGCUAUUUUGAUUUGUAUAGCCAGGUUAUUUCCCAGUAUGCAUUUGCAUAUAUCAUUGUGUUCAUAAGAGUAGUUAGUGGUUUUCCUUUAUCUUGUACACAGUAGUUUGUUAUAUAAAUGAUUAAUGAGCCUUUUGGUUCACUCAUGAAAUAGCUGUGAGGUAAUGUUGGCUAGCCUGCAUGAGGGAACCACUGUGUACUGGAUUUACAGUAGUAUGAAGAAUAUUUCAUUUAGUGGUCCCCAUCAACAAAUAAUAGUAUAAAUUAGAAAAUAUUCAUGGAUGUAUGUAGAUCUGGUAUCCCUUCAUGUACGUGGCCAACCCUAAUUAAUUUAUUAGCUCAUCAAAAGUACUGCUGUUGUGGCCUAUUAAGUCUCAGAAUGGACCAUAGUCUGUAUGAAGAAAAUAAAAAUAAAAAUGCUUA